CUGCGCCGCCUGGCGGGGGCCGCCCUGCUCCGCGCCGCCGUCCCUCGCCUCCGCGGCGGCUGGAGCCCCUGCCAGCUCUACCGGUACCGCCCCGGCACCGGCACCGCCACCGGCACCGCCACCGCCCGCCCCGACGGCACCGGGCCGUGCACCCGCGGCUGGCACUACGCCCUGCCCGCCGCCGGGCUGCGCUCCAACAUGGUCACACAGUGGGACCUGGUGUGCGCCUCGCGCUGGAAGGUGCCCCUGGAGCAGACCACGCACUUGCUGGGCUGGACAAUGGGCAGCGUCGCCGCCGGCCUGGCCUGUGACAGGUUCGGCCGCCGGCCCACCUUCGUGGUGUCCCUGGGGCUGGCCGUGCCCCUGGGGCUCGGCGUGGCGCUGGCCAUCAACUUCGUCAUGGUCCUGGUCGCGCGGAUGCUCUUUGGGGCCGCGCUGGCGGGCGCCUUCCUCUCCCUCUACGUGGCACGGCUGGAGCAGUGCGACCCCCCGCACCGGCUGGAGGUGACGAUGGUGGCCGGCUUCUUCUGGAUCGCCGGGGAGCUGCUGCUGCCGGGGCUGGCCGUGCUGUGCCGGGACUGGCGGGUCCUGCAGGGCGCCGUCACCAUGAUCCUGGCUCUGCUGGCCGCCUGCUGGUGGUGCCCGGCGCUGCUGCUGGAGUCCCCGCGCUGGCUGCUGGCCACGCAGCAGCUCGAGAGGGCCAGGAAGACGCUGCAGGCGCUGGCCGAGAGCAGCGGCCGCGGUGCUGAUGACCAGGGGAGCCUCAUGGCGGAGCUGGAGACGCUGGCUGAGGGCUCCCCCCAGCCCCGCUACCACGCCGUCUGCGAGAUCUUCAGCACCAGGGUGAUCUGGAAGAACAGCGUCAUCCUCGGCUUCACCGCCUUCAUCGGCUCCGGCAUCCGGCACUGCUUCACCCGCAACCUGGCCCCGCACCUGCCCCGGUUCUCCUCCUACUUGGCGCUGGUGGGCGCCGAGGCGGUGGCCUGCCUCUUCCUCUGCCUCACCGCCGAGCGCUUCGGCCGCCGCGCCGUCCUCCUGCUCUGCACCGUCCUCACCGGCAUCUCCUCCCUGCUGCUGCUGGCCCUCACCCAGUACCUGCUGGACCUCAUCGUGCUGACCCUGUCGGUGGUGGGCAUCACCGCCUCGCACGCCGUCACCAUGCUCAGCAUCUUCUUCGCCAGCGAGGUGCUCCCCACCGUGGUCAGGGGCGCCGGGCUGGGGCUGAUCGUGGGGGCCAGCUUCGUGGGCAAGGCGGCCGCCCCCAUCACGGCCAUCCCCAACAGCCGCGGCUUCUUCCUGCACCACCUGGUGUUCGCCUCCUUCGCCAUCCUCUCGGUGCUCAGCAUCAUGCUGCUGCCCGAGAGCCAGGGCCGCGGCCUGCCCCAGUCCCUGCAGGACGGCGAGAGCCAGCGCCGGCCCCCCCUGUUCCACCGCCCCCCCCGCGAGGACCACCUGCCCCUGCUCGCCCCCCGCGGCAUCCCCCACGACUACUCCCGCCUCGUCUCCUCCACCAAGCGGGCGCUGGGCCCCCGACACAGCCCCGCGGCCACCCCCCCGGAGACGUAGCUGUGCCCCCCUCCCUGCUGCUGGAAGGGCUGGGGGGGGCAAGCACGAUGCUGGGACCCCCCCCGGUGCACCGGGCCCCCCCGUCCCCAUGCGGCCCUGGGCGCAAAGCCCAAGGACGUGAGCGGUGGCUGGGCUGGGGGCUGUGCGCCCACCCCCCAGUCAGGGCCGGAUCCUGCCCCAGGAGGAGCUGUGCUGGGAGUCCUGGGGCGGGGGUGAUGCCCCGGGGGGGGGGGGGGGGGUUGCAGGCUGCCAAUAAAAGUGCCUUGUUUCUA